UCCAUAGCACUCCAACCAUGGGAAAGAUUAUCUUCUACGAAGGCCGCAACUUCCAGGGCCGCCACUGGGAGUGCAACAGUGACUGCAUGGACACCUUCAGGCACUUCAACUGCUGCAACUCCAUCCGUGUCACCGGCGGUCACUGGGUGACCUAUGAGAAGCCUUACUAUAUGGGCUACCAGUACAUCCUGGGUCAGGGCGAGUACCCCGACUACCACUGCUGGAUGGGCUUCAACAACUGCAUCCGUUCCUGCCAGAUGUUCCCCCCUUACAGAGGAUCCUACAGGAUGAGGAUCUACAACAGGCCUGACAUGAUGGGACACAUGAUGGAGUUCAUGGACGACUGCCCCAACGUGUUUGAUCGCUUCCGUUACCGUGACAUUUUCUCCUGCAACAUUAUGGAGGGCUACUGGAUCUUCUACGAGCACCCUAACUACAGGGGACGCCAGUACUUCCUGCGCCCUGGCGAAUACAGGGCCUGUGGCGACUGGGGCUGCCACAACCCCAUGGUUGGCUCUUUCAGGAGGAUGAGGAUGGGCCUGUAA